UACAACACAUCAUGCGGCUGCAUUCUCUAUGCAAUGUAUAUACACUGUGCGGAAAUGUGUGGUAUACCCACGGACAAGGUUGGGACCGGAGCUACAGGAUAAAAUGCAUGACUAAUUCCCGAUAAUUCAAGAUAAGUGGGAUGACAGUUGAUGUUAAGUCGAUAUUUGGAUGGACAUAUCUCAGGAUAAUAUCAUAAAAUACAUCUAAAAACGAAGAUGAACACCGAAAACGUAAGGGAGUGGAGCGUCGAUGAUGUAGCGAAAUGGCUUCGUCAGGAGAAGUUUGCAAGCUUUGUUGGUGUAUUCACAAGAUACAGGAUCGAUGGAGUCGCCCUGUGUGAUCUACAAAAGGAUAGAUUUGAUUCCCUGAUAAAGUCAUCUAUGGGGAGAGACGAUAGAGCAAGUGUACUAUGGAAGAAUAUCAAUAUCAUCAAGAGAGCCAAGAGCAAGAAUGCUAACUCCAAUUUCAGUUCUAAAAAUAACAGGAAAGUCAAUCCUCAACCCUUGGGUCCACCAGAGCCUCCUCAAAGGGACUAUAGAACAGAUGGUUAUCCUCAAGGAGAAGUCGGUGUUGAAGAAGAAACAUAUGAAGUAUUCCAUGAAGAUGAAAGUGCAGGAAACAUAGAGGAAGAUUUUGAAUCAGAUACCGAAGAGGAUAUAGAUACUUUCACAGAUGAUGAAGAAAUAGAUAGUGAUGAUGAGUACUUGGAACCCACUGAAGAAAAUUGCCAAAGAGGCCCCCCACAGAUUCCAUCAAGACCUCACCAACUCAAUGCAUCUUGGGGGCAUGCAGAAAAAACAGGAUUUACUGACUUGCAAAAGAACCUCAUGCGUAGAAUGAGUGAGAGGGCCGUCAGUAAAAUACCUCGGGUCCCUCCAGAACAGAAGAGAAACACUGUGUCAUCAUUUGAAACUGGCACUGAAAGUGACCUCUACCUGACCCCUGCAGAAGAAGAAUGUACUUAUGAUGUCCCAGAAAAUGAUGCACAUGAAGAUGAAAUUUAUGACAUUCCUGAUGAGCCCAGUAACAAUGCACCCACCCCAGCAACAAGACAGCCUCCAGUGAGUCAACAGCAGAGUCGGCAUGGGAUUAAUCAAGGUCCUAGGAUUCCACCAGCGAGGAUACCUCAGUUUCCCAAAUCAGGAGGUCAUCACCAUAGUAACGACCCUCCUGCCCCACCCAUUCCUAGCAGGGUACAGCCUCAACCAAUCACGCCAGAGGAAGAACAGGAAUAUGCAUUUCCAGAUGGAGAAGGACAAGACUAUGCUGAGGAAUCCGGAGAUGAGAAUUAUUUGGAACCAGAUCUAGAGGUCAAACAGCCAGCUCGAAAAGUUCAGCCGAAUAUUCAAAACAGACGUCUUCCAACCGUUCCUCAAGGGGGAGCACCUCAAGUACACAUACCCCCAAGACCAGAGAAGCCAAAUCCUCCGACGGCCUCUGUGGACGCUCCUCCCGCGAUACCUUCCAGACCCCACUCCAACAGAAGGAUACCAAACCUUGAAAACAGCUCACUUAUUUCCAAGGCCAUGCCUGAAUUUCCAAAUGGUACAGAGAGCACAAGACCAGACCCUCCUAGGUCGCCUCCUCGUACGACGCGGAUCCCGACAAUGCCACCUCCGAUCAAUGACAAUGAGAACAAAAACAGCAAUGCUUCAUCUGACAUUUCCUCGCGUGUCCAGAACAUGAAAAACCGAUUUGAAGUUGAUAAUAACAACACUGACAGUUCAAGAAGACCCCCUCCUCCUUCAAAAUUCACACGCUCUGUCCCUAAACAGUUUCCUCCCCAACCUCAACCCCCCUCUCCAACGCACACCCCUUCCCCUGUUGUCCAGAGACCAGUCACAUCAGGGGAUAAUUCUGUCCAGAGGAAACCUGGGAUCCCAUCAUCUACAUCAUCAGAGUCUUCCAUGAGCAGUAGCAGUUCCAGCGGUAGUGACAGUGGCACUGUUCCAAAUGUUCCAACAGUUAGGAAGCGCAGCAACAACAACAUGGUGGAACCUCCGUCAUGGCAGUCAGAAAUGCCCCCUCUUCCGCCUUCAAGCAGAAGACCAUCGCAGCCCCAACUUCCAACACCGAACCAGUCCUCUGUACUCCAGAUCAAUGAACGACUUGCACCAUCUCAACCACCGAAACCCACACCGAGUGCAUCCAGAGCACCUCCAAGUCCUAUCAGGCAACCUGUACCACCAACACCUCCACAGAAGGUAAAUGAAUUAGAAGGACACCCUUGGUAUCACAGUAACGUUGGAAGGCAGGAGUCUGAACAAAUACUUCACCAAUGUAGAAAGGAUGGAUCGUUUAUUGUGAGGAACAGUGCCCGUGGUGACCCAGCUAACCCCUAUUCUUUGGCUCUAUGGUUCAACGGGCGCGUCAGAAACCUUCAGAUCAGAUUGAGGAAUGAUCAGAGAUAUGCCUUAGGAUCCAAGAAGGAAAAUGAAUUGGCAUUUGAGACACCAGUUCAGCUCAUCGAGCACCACAUGACCAACUCACUGAUACUUGCUCAAGACGAAGGUAAAACCAUUCUGAAAGUAGCAGCCCCUGUCUUCCGAUGACCUUUGACCUUCAAAUGAAAUUUGAUGGAAUAAUUUAAUCGAACCAGAAUCCAUCUUUUUGUUGAACGGAGCUUGGAAAUUAGAUGUUUCCCCACCCACCACAAAUAUUGCAAUGCGAUUGGUCGAGAUGAGGUCACAUGAUGGCACGUCAAAAGAUUUUGAUUGAAAUAACAACCAAAUGUGUACUUGUUGAUUACUCUGAUGCUUAGUGACAGUUCGGUUUGGCCUAAGCUAUUGAAGAGCUUGUUGUUUAGGUCAAGAUCAAGUAAUAGAUAUUGGUGGUUGUAUGCAAUGUUUGAAUAAGACCAUAAGAUAAAGAAAUAAAAGGGAGAGGAAGAAAGAGUUGAAUGAUGAAAGAGAAUGAAUUAAGACCUCGUGAAUUUAUCAAGGGGAACAUGUCAUCAACAAUUUUUUCUGACAGAUUUGACCACUUUCUUCAAUUUUGAUUUGAAGAGAAGCACAGUUCCUAUGGCAACUGUUGGAUAGACAUACUUUGUUGGAAAGAAUAUCUGACAAGUCUUAUUUCAUGAAAAGCUUCCCAGGAAUUCAACCAGUUUUGUUCCAAACCUAUCUAUAAUCAUUGAAGGGAUCCAGAAUCUUCACAAAAAUGACAAGGAUCACAUGAUGCAGUCUAGUAGUCAGCUGACAUCAUUGUGCACAGGUCACAUGACAAGCAAGAUGUAAUUGUCAAGUUCCAACUUCAUACAGUAUCAGAUGACUUGAGGUCUUUCAUUUGAAAAUCAGUAUGAAAUGAUCACAUUUUUCAUGAAGAUAUUUGAAAGCGAAAUGUAUUUUGAUGAUUGAUGAUCAUGAUUACUAAUAGAUGUUUGAGCAAAAACCAGUUUACAUCUGCCGUGUGGGAUUGCUAGUUCUGUUGGUUGGGUACCUGUCUAGUUAUAUCAUAAAGAAAAACUAUGAAGGUAUUGGGAUGGUAUUCCAAAUUGAGUCAUAUCAAUGUCUUGAAAAACAGGACCCACUGUCUUUAGGCCAGGCACUCGUCACAUGAUAUUAGAGACCAGCCUAUAGCUUAACAAAUCUUUAGUUUUCAAAAUUGUACCAUGUAAUUCAGUUCAAUCAAGGGAUGAAGUACAAUACACCAAGCAUCCGCCUGGAAAGAGAGACAACCUGUCAGGUUUCAUUGCAUUUAUAUUAUCUACUCUGUUAGUUUUUGGUGUAUGGCAUUUUGUUUUGUUUUUACUACAUGCAAAGGACCAAUUCUGAUUGUUCAAAACUGCAGGCACUGAAUACUUUGAUCCAAUGAAAGAAACAAAGUGACUGUGUAUUGCUCUAUCUCCAUUUACAAUACAGGGAUUUAACACACAAGCAUUUAAAAUAAACAGUGUAACAAUUUCAAAACCUCUUCCAUUUUGUUUUAAUUUUUUUAUUCACAUUCUGAAAAUGUUUUGUAUUUACUGGGACUUCGACUUAGUGUUAACUUUUCCACUAGCAGUGUCAUUAUCAGAUAAAACACAUUGGAUAGGACGGCAGACUAUUGCUUGAUUUUCAUAGAAAACAUGCGGUAAGCUAGACAACAUGUGACUGCACUGUUUGAAUCACAAGAUAAGAAUAUGUGAGAUAUAUAAUAUGAAAUAUACAGUUUGAUUAUCAUUGAUGUGUGUGAUAUGUCUUUCAUGACAAUCUGCAUAGAGAGAGAAACCAAUGUUCUCUUUGAUAUUUCAUGUAUACUCUGCAUUAUUUAUAGGUUUAUAUUUUUCAUUUACAGAUAUCUUUUGAGCAUAUUGCCAUGUAUAACAUUUAAAAACAAAUAAUUUAGCUGUACUAUUUGCCACAUAGCUUUGUAGUGUGACUGUGUUAGGGUGUGUUAAUGUGUUAGAUACAUAUUAUUAUGAUGUUGACAUUUAGGGUCCUUUUGCAUAGAUAUUCAACAAGUAUAUAACAUGCAGGCAUUCUUGACAAUUAUUGCAAAUGCACUUUAAAAUUCACAAAUAUUGUUAAUCUUAAAGUGCCACAGGGUUAGGUUUUGUGUAUUGUGAAAUAAAAUUAUUAAUUAUUAACAGGCAUUUUGAGUUAUUCAGAUGUUACCAUGUUUGUUGAUAAUAGUUUAUUUUCAUAAAAUACUCUAAUUCUGAAUACUUCUAUAUAAUGUGUGAGUACCACAGGGUUAGAUUUUGUGUUUUGUACAUUAAUUAUUUUCAAAAUAUUCAACUAUUUCCAUAUCAUUUGCUGUUGACACUUUUAUCACAGAUAUCUAGAUAUCCUUAUGCAAGUAGAGUUGAGAUUGAAUGUAUUUGAUGCUCUAUGUUUCUAGUUUUUUCAUUUGAAGUAAAUUGGUAGAUAAGAUUUGGGACCCCUCUUGAUAAUCCAAUGAUACAGUGGUCUAAUUUUAUGAAUUUUAAACCAGAUUUUAAAUGAAAUCCUUUACUUUUACAUGUUUUAAUCCAUUUGGGGCUUGCUUCAUUAAUACUUAGAAUUAUUUUCACUUUCACAUUAUUAUAACUACCAUGGUAACCUUGAUAGUGAUUGGCUGCUGAGCCCUGUUACCAUCGUAAUUGUCAUAAUGGGAGAGUUACCAUAAUUUUAAGUCUUUAAAAAGAGCCCUAUAUCCUGGAGUUUAAUUAAAAGUUAUUUCAUAUAUGUUAUGAUAUUAGGGGAUUUCCCCAAUUAAAACAUUUGGAUUUGAUAUGUAUAAUUUACAGCUUUGAGCCCUUGUUUAUAUAGACCUUUUCUUGAAUAUAUCUUGUAUUUUUUAAACCGAGUAAUAUUUUUAUGCUUAUCUCCUUUCAGCUAUCUACUUGUUGUGCUUUCACUUUCAUAAUGAUCAUCUUUAUUUAUAUAUUUUUGUCAAUGCUAUCUAUAAGUGUUGUAUGUGUAGUGACUUUCUAUUUAAUUUAUACAAUUGAUAGUUGUGAUUUAGUUUUUUGUCUACCAUUAUACCAUAGUUGCUUUCUUGUUGAUUGGGGUUAAUAGAAUUUAUUUCAAUAAUUAAAAUUUUGUUGUACAUGUAGUACAGAUUCUAGAAAGCUUUGUUGAGAUAUAAUGUAUUAACAUGAUUUUGGAAAUGAAAGACAUGUUUAAUGCAACUGGAUACUUAAAUGAAAGUAGUUCCCUGGUAAAAUUACAAACUCAACUCUAUUUGGUUCUUGCACGAAGUAGACAAGUAAAAAAAAGGUACAUUUCCAUGAUAGAAUAGUGGUAUCAAUAUAUGGACAUUUCAAGUUUCUCCAAGGCUUUGGUAACGAUUCAAUAAUAUGAAUUGAUCCAAUAUUAGAUAGGAAUGUAUUAUACAAAGAUUAUAUCCUUGCAUUUUUUAUUUUGUAUCUGAGACAUUUUUUAUUUGUGUAUUUUUGACCAAAGGAAAAUAUUAACACUUUUCUAACAAAACUGUUUAGCAUAUGCCAUUUUAUUCAACACAUUGACUGCUUUAGCAAGGCUUUGAAUAUUUCAAUCAAGUAAAGAUAGUACAUCAUGGUCAAGUAACACAGAUAUGUAGGAUUGAUAUGCACGUAUAUGGUAACACAUGGGCACAAUUGAACAAAUUGGGUAUUAUAAUAAUUUAAUAUGUAACAUUUUCCAAGUGCUGCAUACCAUAGUAUGCAGCGCUUAGAAACAUUUGUAUCCAUCCUUUGAGCUUAAUACAAAUGUUGCAUAUUAUUAUUAUGUGAGUGAUGAGUUGUGAUUGAGCAUUAAGUUUUUGAUAUGUGGAUCCAGACUCAUCUAUUCAAUAAGGAAAGAAGUUUGGUAUCAUUUUUAGACCAUUUCUGAUAUAGAAAAAUUCAAAUUAAAACCUCUUCAAAUUAAGGAAAGUGUUGUGUUUUAAUGCUUUAGUCCUUAACAAAAAUUAAGUAGUGUACAAAGAUAAUAACUACAUGAUAACUAGUCAAAAUUACAGGAAGGGAUAAUGGUAUUUAUACUAUUUCAAAUAAAAAAAUAUAUAUGUAAUCUGAAUUUGGUGUUGAGACUCUGAAAAGUGAUACAUGUACUUAGAAAAUACUUUAGAAAUGAAAUAAUGAAUAUCUCACCUUUAAAUGAUAGCGAUUACCUUGAAUUAUGGAUACUUAAAAGCUGUUUUUUUAUUCAAAGAUUGGAGAAUGAUACAUAUCAUGUUAUGAAUGUAUGAAAGAGUGAGGCAGUGUUAUGCUUACUGUGGGAGAGUGACUAGGAUUUGAUGUCUGACUUACCCUAGCUUAACCUGUAGAAUUUAUGUUUUAUUUUGUUUUUGUAUGAUAGUCUGAUAGUGGUCUGAGGUGUCUUGUAUUACUUGUGUCAUGUUUCUAUCUAUAUAUUGACUUCAUUGAUUAUCAUUGCAGUCAAUGUGUAGAGGAAAAAUUAAUGAAUCAUGAAAUACCAGGUUGAUCCAUUUCAAAUGUUGCCAAAUAAGCACUCUCCAUAAAAUUCAGGUUACUAUUGUACAAUCACACAUCACUUAGCUUAAAGUAUUAAUAAUAAAACAGAAAAUAAGACUUCAUGUACUACAUGUAUAUUCUUGCCCUGAAUUCAAAUCAUUGAGGUUUCAAGAUUAUUUAAAUGAAAAUUAUCAGUGUUUCAUUUAAAUUUUUCAGUAUUUCAUUCUCAUCUUUUAAAACUUGCCUGAUAGAUGAUUUUUUUUAAUUUGUCUAGUUACAUGUACGGUACUUAAUGGUAUUAUAGUGAAUUUACAUGUACAUAUAACCAUACAUUUUUGGUUAAAGUUGUGGCCUUUUCAUAUAUGCUUAUUGCACGUUGGAUGGAAUUCAAACUCAAGUGCUAUUUAAAGUGAAAUAAAAGAUGUUAUUUGAAGUGAAUAAAAGAAUGGUUAUUGUAAUGGAUAUAUUGGAUACAUGUUAGUGUUAUUAAUUAACUGAGAAAAAGAUCAUUUAAUGUUCAUCAUAUUUAAACAUUCAAACACAUAUUUUACGAGCAAUAAUUGAUAUGCUGCUUGUUAUAAAUAAGUUAUGGAAUAAGAUAUGGUUAUUUGAGUUGACGAUGAUUAAAAGUCUUUUUAAAAGGAAUUCCAGUAAUUUAUCAAUUUGAUUGCAAAUAUACACUCGAAGAUGUACAUUUGAUAUUUGAAUAAAUUGAAAUCUCAUAUUUUUUCUCAAUUGUCUUCUUAUCAGAGGCAGACAAAUGACUAGCAUGCUAUAUAUUAUUAUGAUAGCUGUCAUGAUGACAAAGUUCUCAUAGUUGUAACUUUUUAUGAAUCGGGUCCCAGGAUACAUUUUUAUCACAAGUAGCAUGUAGCACAGAGUUUAACAUUUGAAUUUUCUCCUUCAAUUCAUUAUUAAAUUAUUAUUUACUGAUCAUGAAUAUAUGCAACACUUUGAAUGGAAAUUUUAUAUUUUUGUAUGAAUUUUCAAGUAAUUUCUGUGUUUUCUACAUAUAUAUGGAGCGAAAUAUGUAUAAUUUCAUAUGUCUAUCUUGUACAGAAGAUGCUAAUAAUGUAAUAAUCAAUGUAUAGACAUGUUUUUGUAGAACAAAUCCCUGUUUUUUGUAUGAUUGUAUACAAAUGUUUUAUUUUAUUUUUAUAUCUAUUUUUUUGCUCAAUUGUAUAUUAAGCCAUGUGAUUAUGUUUGAAAAUCUAUGUAAAUCUACCAUUUGUUUUAAUUUUUCAAUGCUGAAAAUAAAACUUGUACUCAGA